ACUUACAAUGUAAUAAGUUCAGGCACAAUGAUUAUCACUUUUAAUUAACUGACUGGUUGUCCGAAACUGUUUCUAAUCCCUCAUCUGGUUUCACAUCUAUUAAUAUCAUGAUGUAAUUAAGUUGAUUACAUAAAAAAUUUUCACAUACAUCAGAUCUUUGUCAUGAUUACAAAAAUGUAUUGUUGAUCAUCAUUCAAUGUGAACAAAUCUAAUCAAAUAUUAAUUUUCAACUUGAAUUCAUAUGAAAUUAUGUAUGAUGUAAAAAUUUUGUAUACAUAAUCCCUAGUUUCAAUGAAUCUUCCAUGUUGUACAGCCUUCCAGGGUAGCCCAGAACAGGAGACUAUAAGAAAAGCUCGAGAGAAAGCACGUAAAAUAUCACGGGAAAUUGAUAAACAGAUAUCAAGACAUAAAAAGAUGGAACUAAAUUGUCUUAAACUAUUAUUACUAGGCACUGGAGAAUCAGGUAAAUCCACAUUAUUGAAGCAAAUGAAAAUCAUCCAUAUCAAUGGCUUCAGUAAUAAGGAGAAAAUUGAUCAUGUCCCAAUCAUUAAACGGAACAUAAGGGAUGCGAUAUUAUCAAUCCUUGGUGGAAUGAAGACACUACAGUUAGAUUUUAUUCAGUCUCGUACUGCGGAUACAGCAAAAUGUCUUAUGGAAAAAUCAUUGGCAGAAGAAUAUAAUUAUCCUGAAAGCUUUUUUGAUGAAGUGGAUGAAAUUUGGCGUGAUCCUGGUGUUCAGAGAGCAUACACAAGAGCAAGUGAAUUUCAACUAUUCGAUUCAGCUACUUAUUUUAUGCGACGUAUGGAUGCGAUCAGAAAACCAGAUUAUAUACCUACAGAUCAGGACAUUUUGAGGUGUCGUAAAAUGACUGAUAGCAUCAGUGAAUUACAAUUCGAUAUUCAAACUGGUCGAAAAUCAUCAGUUCGAUUCCGCAUAGUUGACGUGAGUGGACAAAGGGGUGCAAGAAAAAAAUGGAUUCAAUUUUUCGACAGCGUCACUGCAAUUUUAUUCCUUGUAGAUUGCAGUAGUUUUGAUCAAACACUUCUUGAGGAUCAUCGACAAAACCGUCUAAUUGACUCACUUGAAGUAUUUGAACAGGCAUGGACCAAUAAAUAUUUGAGACAAGUUCCAAUGAUUGUUUUCCUGAAUAAAAUUGAUCUUCUUGAAGAAAAAAUAUGUAAUGGUCACAGAAUAGAUAGUCUUCAAACAUUAGCUGAAACAUGGCUACAAUCUACUAAAUGUUCUCGACGUAAAAAGUCUAUUCUUAAUCUUCCUGAAAAGCUUAGUUUCAGUCGAAAUCGUCCUUCAAUACCUAAUAUCGAUAUUAAUCGUGAAAAAAGUACACCACCUAAACGUCAAAGUCUUGCAUCAAAUCAUAUAAAAUCUUCUACACCAUUAGUUCCAGUAUCAAUUGGAUAUAAUUCAAGUAAUCGAAAAUUUAGCCAAAUUCUCGGUGAUUCAUCUGCAGUUGAACAUUCACAAACAAAUGAUGCAUGGAAUGAACAAAAUCAAAUGACUAAACAGUUUAGUAGUGUAAAUUCUUUACAUUCAUCAUUCAGAGUAAAUCAUUCAUCUGAGUAUUGUUCAGUUCUUCCAGUACUUUGUACACAAUCAUCAAGUGGUCAGAGUAGUCGUGUAUCGUGUACAACAACUAUUGCACGUCUAAUUGCAGACUGUCCAUAUAAAGAUUUUAAGCCGACUGCACAACAAAGAGCAGAAUUUCUAACUUGCCUCUUACCAACAACCAAACCUAUGAAAAACUACAACAGUAGUGGAACUAACAAAAACACCGUUAUCAACGAUGAUAUCUAUCCAAAUGGUGAAGCAGAAGGCUGUAAACCAUAUAGUCAACAGCCUAAAUUCAUAGUCACACAUUCCGAAACAGUUCGAACUGCUUGCUACAUUAAAUAUUUAUUUGAAGAAUUGACAAGAAGAGGUACAACUCCAUAUUGUCAAAAUCGAACUUGUUUAUUUUAUUAUACAUGUGCUGUGAAUACUAAUAUGAUGCAUCAUAUACUACAAGGUUGUCAAAGAUUUCUUAUUCAAGAUCAUUUAGAAAGAUAUGGACUUUUAUAAUCUAAUAUUCUAUUGUUUACUCAUUUACUAUGUUAUGUAAUUCAUCCUUAUCAUCUUUAUCACUGUAAUUGUGAUAGUUAUGUUACUGUUUAUAUUUAUUGUUGACAAUAUUACUAUACUAAAUGCUCUGUUUAUAUGUUUGUUUAUUUUCUCAAUUAGGAUUGAUGUGCAUAUGUAUUAUUCAUUCUAUCAUAUAAAAGUUAACUGAUUAUCACAUAUUUUUUGAAAGAUCAGGCGAUCUACAUCAAGUUCAUAUGACUCUAGAGAAUUAGCAUAAUCCAUGAGUGAUUUCACUGAAUAUACUUUGCAAUAUUUGAUAUCAUAGGUUGAACUGGAAAACUUUUUUUUUUAAAAAAACCCCUUAAAAACCAUGAUGAACAAACAUGAAAGAUAAAUAAAAUCUCGAACUACUGAAAGAUAAACAUCUUCAAAUCUUUCUCAUUAAUUAGAAUAAUCAUUCUGUCCGAUAGGUAUUCAAUUAAAUAUCAUUAUGAAUAAAUAAAUUUAUGAGAUUGACUAGUUGAAUAAAAAUUUCAAAACUUAUUCACAAUGUAAAUUGAAGGAUUUUUAAACUUACUCAGAAUUCUGAAUUCAAUAAAAGAUCAGUACCGGAAAGUAUAAUGGUUAAAUGUGUUCAAUAAAAGUUAAGAAUUUAAUAAAACAAAAGAUGUUUAACAAAGAGUCACUUUUUUCAUCGAUAUCAUUCUCAAGCUGUACAAUUGCAUACAUAAAUAAUCCACUUAUAUAAUAACAGAAAAAGAAUAUUCCAUGAAAUAUUCAUUAGUAAUUUGUUGUUCACAUUUGUCGCUUAAAUAUUCCAUAAUAUAGCCAAAAGACGAUGC